AAUAUGUUUAAAGAAUCUUGAAUACUACAUCUAUCAGUUUAACUGGCAACAUGGCAUUUAUCCUCAGUGAUUCCCAAGGGAUUCCCUUCAAGGCUGGGUGCAAAACUCUUUGUGUUGUUCUCCUUGUUCACAUAAAUGGUGUCAUCCUGCCUCCUUGUGGUUGAUAAUACAUGUGAUUUUUCAUGGCAGAUGAUACCAUUGCUGCUUGCGAAAAAGUAAAGUACAUGGCCAAGUUUAUUUUAACAAUUUUUUUCCUUUGCCAGGGAAUACCUUGCCCAUACCAAACUUGUCAUUUAAAAGCCACUUGUCAUUGGCUGUGAGAGCGCCACACUUGUGCCUUGGAGCAACAAAACCGGAUCACGAGUAGAGUUGCAAAGGGAUGUACAGUUGCAAAGUGUCCUAAACAGCUGGAAAGCCUUGUAGGCAGCCCUAGGCUUUUAUACAUAUUUACAAAGCAAUCUUAAAACCAUAACAGAUAGCAGAAAAAGGGAAGAAAAAAAAAAAGGCAGAUUUCGUAGAUCAGUGAGUGCAUGAAUUGCCUUCCUUUGUAGACUACAACUUCCAUUUGCAAAGUAUGCAACUUCCUAAAAUCAAAUGGACUUCCCUAUUUUGAUUACCCUUUGUAGAGACAAAAUGGAAUCCUCUUUUUUUCCUGCCCUCUCACAUCAAUCAUGUGUUCUGGUUCACUCCCGUAUGAAGUGAAGGGCCACAUUCAGCAGAGACAUUUCCCAGGAAGCAGAGCUGCCCCAAGCUGUUGCAGAUGUCUGCUGUGGGGCAUGUGAGCCAAAGUUGUCAGGUUCCACAAGUGUGCUGCUGUUGCAAUGCUUUGGAAGCCAUCAACUGUGCAGUGACAGUGGGUGUGGAGCCAAGGAUUAUUGUCCUUGUCCUGAUGUUCCUGCAGUGUGUGCUCUGCAGGGCAUUGUGCUGGGCUGCACGUGUGUUCUGACACACACCUUUCCAAAACUCGGGAUAAUUUUACCAUAUAGAAAACCAACAUCUCUCUCCUUAUUAACCAUUCAUCUGUGGUUAAUAAGGAGAGUGAAAAGAAGUGGCAGUAUUGCUGUCUUAGCAGCACUGGAAAUGUUACAGCCAUUUUGAACUAAAGAAUAAUUGUCCUUCUAAAUCACUUUAUGCUAAAAGUCAAAUGUCACCCUGCCAAACCAACACUGAUUUCAUGAAAAUGAAAUUAGAAUUAGGUGAGUAACUUGUAGCUGCACUUCAGGCUAGGGAAAAGGGUGUGAAGGAACAUGCUUUUCCACAUUUAGUCUGGGGAUUUGGUUUUUGUUGCUGGUGGUCCUGCUCUCCCACAGAUGUCUAGGCAGUGGUCUGAUCUUUUCCUAUGACACUUUUUUCCAGAAGUCAUGAUGGUAUUUCUUUUAUUUGGUGUUCUGAAAUGGCAGGUCAAACAUGCUUGCAACUGCAGAACAAUAGAGGAAAACAAACACACACCCAUUGGAACUAUGUUACUAAGAAGCCUCAUAGCCUAGAGAAACCAAGACUGAUGUCUUGCAGUCAGUGCAAGAUGCCUUCAAUCCAGGUUUAAAAAAAACCUGACAUUUAAAGCCAGGUGUAGUUCAUUCUGGGGUUUAAUAUUGGGUUCCUGAAGCAACAUCACUGAGGUGAGCUCCUGCUUGCAGAGGAAUAUGCUUUGUAAUAAAGUAUUCAGCAAAAGUUUGGGCUGAAGAGAGAAACAGCCAAUAACUAAUACCAUGCACAAUGCAAGCAUUACUUUUCUUUUCAAAAUCCUACUGUGUUAUUGGAUAUCUAAUAGCCUAAAGAGGCUAUAUUCUACAGAAAAGAUGCAAAGAAUUUAAGCUGACACUACACUCAAGUCAGUGCUGGAUAAUUGCCUCAUCAUUCUAAGAGUAUUAAAAUGCUCAGUUCCAUGCAGCUUGAAUACACAGUAGGCCUGAUAUGUUUGAAAAACUCAGAAAGGAGACAAAUGACCAGCUUCUUCCCUAGGACUAUGGAGCCACAAUAACCCUUAGCUUUUUCUGUAUUGCCCUUGAUGAAAUGAGAAAGCAUUUUGUUGACAUCCAACAGAGGGAAUAAACCAAGACCUAACCAUUUUGUCCACAUAACAGAUUGCCAAAACUGCAAAUGCAGUUGCACCCCAGUGAGACAUACCAGAGCAAAGGUGGUUCUUUCCUGGAAUUCAGUAAGAAUCCAAGAGAAAAUUAAAUCCUCUCAAAGUACUCUACACAUACACCCUUGUAUUUCUGCCAUCUGUUGCUAGACCACAGCGCAGCAUCUAUGGGAAAUGUCAGGUAGUGCUCUUUUGAACUUAACUACAGUGAAAAGUUGUGGCUGCAGUCAGUUACCAACCACAGUGAUUCCAAAGUCCCUUGGAAUCUCCCAUUCUGCAUUCAUACUCCCCAGGGGGAUGCAACCCUUCUCCACAAGCAUCAGCUCUGUUAGUUGCUGCAGUUUCUCCCACCUUAGUCCUCUGAGGGCUUAGAGAAAUACAAUAUGAGUUUUGGUGCACAGAUUAUGCAAAAUUAGCUAAGAUCACAGCUUCUUUCUCUAAAAUCAGCUCUACAGCAUAAUAUUCAUGGCUGUUGGACAGCAGGAGGGGUCAAUCAGACCAGAUAAUGCUUUACUUUUAGAUUAAAAGGUACAUUGCAGAAAGAUUAUAGACAAGUAUUUUCUUGGAGUUUUGCCCAUUGAUCCUCAGAGUUCUGGACAGGGUAUAGAGCCCAGAAUUAAUAUUCCAGCAUGAGUCAUCUCCAGAGCUGGAAAACUCCUGUGUGAGAGAAUGCUCAUCCUUGCUGGACCAGGCAGAGUGUUAAGCCAGGGACAACCAGAGAAUGAUUAUGCUCAGGUCCCUACAGAACUUGAAAUUCAUCAGAGAAAUGGAGAGGGGAAAAGUCUCUAAAGAGAUACCUGGCAGCAAACUACAGGAGGAGAGAAAGGAGACCUAAUUAUUAAACCUUUGUUGACAAAGUUUACUACUACUGUGCAGCCCUUAAAGUUAAUAUCAGGAAAACAAAUACAAAGCCAUCUUCCCAUUAUGGCACAAGUUUACUGUGAUUGCAUUUUUAGUUAAGGAACGAGGUAAGCAUUCCAGGCGGCCUUGGUCUAGCACUGUGGAGAUUUGAUGCUUUUAAUUCAUCAGUCCCUACAAUUUUUCCAAUGGUGCAAUGACACCUGCAAAUUUCACACACAGCAGUUUUCAUCCUGCUGGCAAAAAAAAUCAGCUGAUUUGACCUCUAAGCACAUGCAAAUAGAUGCCAAUAUCUCCCCGUCUUUGCCUAGUACUUGCAGGGAAAACCACACUGAAUGAGACAUAUACCUUUUGAACCAAGCAAUUCUUAUAAAUUCAGCCACCUCUCUUCCAGCCUUCAGCUGCAUAAAUAAUGCAAAGCUCAAAAUUAGAAAAAACAAACCAUAGGAAAGCUCAGUUAUCAGAUGCUAUCAAAAAAGCUUCCUGUAAUGUUUUGGAUUGCAGGAGUAGAUUGAAACUGCACAAUUGCCCCACCAGCGAUACAACAUCCGAUUUUGCAUUUGCUUUAUUUACCUGGUAACUGUCCCAGUCUCUCAGGACUGCAAGUUCAGUAAUGCUCUCCUUGUGAUACCUCACAGUGUGGAUGGACACAAAAUUGCUGCUUUUAAACUACACUGAGCUCAGUGUCACAUUUAACAUUUGGUCCUGAAUCUCCUCUUUACAGUAAGUGUGAUCAGCCCUUGCAUCAGGAGCUGUCAGAGCAUUAAACUCUUCUUCUCUUGAUCCCAGCUGAUCCAGUAUGAAUGGAAAACAGGAAUUUGCUGGUCCUGCAUCAGUUCUACUGUCAACUUUGUUUCCCAAACGACGUUUGGAAACGAUUGCACUCAGCUUUUCUUCCCCCCACCCCACCCAAAAGUCUCUCAAUGAAGCUCUUUAUUCAGUUUGCUCAUCACAGGGCAGUUUUGAUACUCAGAGACAAAACUUCAUCUUGAAAGUGAUCACCAAGGCUGUCCUAUCUCUGCAUACCUACAGCUGCCCACAUCCUUCUGUGUCCCACCUGUCUUUCCCAUGAGACACCUUCCAGAAAGCUGCAAGGGAGGAGCCCCUGCUCCCAGCAGAUGCACAUUGGGCCAGCACAAGGCACAAAGACAGAGCCAUCCCUGGAAGAGCAGAUAAGGAUAGAUGGGUGGUUUAGGAGCGCUCAUACCGCAUUGCUGGUAGAAAUGAAGGACGAGCUCUGUACUUGGAGAAGAGCAGGGACCCAGAAAAAAAAAAAAUAUCCAGGGAUGGUGUCGGUGUCACACGCUGUCACAGAGGCGGGGGCGCGCUCCCGGCCGAGCGCGGCCCCGAGCGGAGCGGGAGCCGCGGGCGGCGCCGAUCCCGAUCCCGCCCCGCGCCGGCGCUGCUCCAGGGCCCGGGAAGGGCGGGCAGCGGGGCCGCCGGGAAGAGGCCGCUCUCAGCGACCCACAGAUGCGCUCCGGGCCCCGGGGAGCAGUUCUCAGGCAGUACCACAUUACCAAGAGUGAAGCUCCCCAGCGCUCCCCAGCAAUGGCAGGGAAAAAAGUCCUGAUAGUCUAUGCACAUCAAGAGCCCAAGUCCUUCAAUGGAUCUUUGCUGAAGAUUGCUGUGGAAGAGCUGACCAAGCAGGGCUGCAGCGUCACCGUGUCGGAUUUGUACGCCAUGCAGUUUGAGCCCAGAGCAACAAGGAAUGACAUUGUUGGUCACCUGCACAACCCAGAAGCCUUCAAUUAUGGCGUGGAAACCUGGGAAGCUUACAAGAGAGGAGGUUUGUCCAAAGACCUGGUUGAAGAGCAGAAGAAAGUGCAGGAAGCAGACCUGCUGAUUUUCCAGUUUCCCUUGUUUUGGUUCAACAUGCCUGCAAUCCUGAAGGGCUGGAUGGACAGAGUCUUGGUCCAAGGCUUUGCUUAUGAUUUGUCAAAGGUUUAUGACGGUGGUUUGCUCCAGGGCAAAUUAUCCCUGUUUUCUUUCACCACGGGAGCAAGCCAAGAGAUGUAUUCAAAAGAAGGUAUCAGUGGUGAUAUUCGCUAUGUCCUGUGGCCCAUGCAGCAUGGAAUCAUGCACUUCUGUGGUGUCAAAGUCCUUGAACCUCACAUCUGUUAUGCUCCAGAGAAUGUCUCUGAGGAGAAGAGGAAGGAGAUGCUGGUUGCCUGGAGCCAGCGCCUGAAGACUCUUUGGAAGGAAGAACCCAUAGACUGCUCUCCUGAGUGGUAUUUUAAGUAGUGUUCAGGUGCAAGGCUACAGAGACAAGAUUUUCUUUUGUUCCAUUCUUUUUGAUGCUCUAUCUAAAUACCUGAACACUAAUCUCCUAAUUCAAAUAUAUUUUAAGAAUCUUGAAUACUACAUCUAUCAGUUUAACUGGCAACAUGGCAUUUAUCCUCAGUGAUUCCCAAGGGAUUCCCUUCAAGGCUGGGUGCAAAACUCUUUGUGUUGUUCUCCUUGUUCACUUAAACGGUGUCAUCCUG